CCUGCAUCUGUGACUUUUCGUACUGUACAAGGUUCGCUAUCAGGUGAUGUCUGCUCUCAGCAUGAGGUUGUCAUCGUCUCCAUGACCGUUCGAUUCCCCCUUUGUUUCUGUUUAGUCUUUUUUUUGGAAAGAUUGUUCUCUUGAUGAAUACCCGUUCCCUUGGCACAAUGAGGGAUGAACCUGUCAAUAGAUUGUGCAUUUAUAUAGGUACAUGAUAUUGUCAUGGUUCACAUCUUGGUUCUCACUCGCGCAGCAUCGCCGUUUCUUUUGUUCUUUGUUUCUUAUGUGACCAUCAGGACGUCGCUGUCUCUUCCGUGUCUUCGUUACCUAUUCCUUUGCCAUCGGAUCCGUCCUCAAUUUCCCCGGCGUCCCCUGGCGUCCCCUGGUGCCCAAUUCCCUUCUAAUAUUUCAACCAUAUGCAGCGAACAUGGUCCUUUGCCAAACGCUUCUUCAGGAGGACUACGCCUUUCACCUUUCCAUUUUGCUUUUCAGCCUCUGCGAUUCUACAUGGAUGCUCCUCUCUCUUAUUUCCCCUUGAUGGCAUGUUUUCUAUCCAUAUUUCCUGCAUAUAUCCUUGUCGACUACAAGUAUUUUCUCGCUUUAGAAAAAUCCAUGGGACUUCUAGAAGAAAAUUGGUUCAUCGGAAAGACAAGGUCAAGUCCAGGUAUGGAUUCUUGAGUGGUUCCCCUUUAAUUGGCAUAGAACAUCAAAGUAAGAUCAGCG